AUAUCCGAAUGAAAUUUAUCAAUUUGUAAAACAAUGGAAAGAAUGUAUCUAUUAGUUAUUAUUCAAUAAAUUCGAAGUACAUAUAUAUAUAUAUUAUCAUAGUUAUCUUAAUCACAUGUAAUGCAUUUUAAAAUAUUAGAUUUCAUUUUUGAUGUAAAGAAAUUAAUCUUGUGAAGUGUAUAUUUCUGUAUUACAUUGUUCGACUCUUAUUCUAACCUAACAGUGCAUUUUAUCUUUUUAUAUAUUAUUCUUAUUUAUAUGAAAUAUUUACAUUAUAUUUUCGAUCAUUAAAAAAUCAUAUAGCAUUGGAACGCAUAUAAUAACCCGAUUAUUAAAAAAAUUGUUUUUUAAUUAAUCGAGGGUAAAACAGGAUUAUAGAACUUGAGUAUUGAAAAGAGUUAGAUAUUAUUAAGAAAAAUUGUAAAACAAGAUUAUAAAACAAAAUUGUGUAGAUCGUCUAGUAUAAAAGUAUCUAAAUCUAACAUGGUUCAUCAUAAUCUUAUAGAAAAGCGAUAUGAUAACAUAACUAAAUCACCAAAUGAUAAAAGGGAAUAUAGAGGUCUAUUGCUUUCUAAUAAAAUGAGAGUUUUACUCAUUAGUGAUCCCAUAACAGAUAAAAGUGCCGCUGCUUUGAAUGUGAAUAUUGGUUAUUUAAGUGAACCAGAUGAUUUACCAGGCUUAGCACAUUUUUGUGAACAUAUGUUAUUUCUGGGAACAGAAAAAUAUCCAGAGAAAAAUGAUUAUAACAAAUAUUUGUCACAAAAUGGUGGUACUUAUAAUGCAUCAACUUAUAUGGAUCAUACACUUUAUUAUUUUGAUGUACAUGCAGAAAAAUUGAAAGGUGCAUUAGAUCGUUUUGCACAAUUUUUUAUUGCACCACUCUUUACAGAAGCUUUAACUGAGUUAGAAUUAAAUGCUAUCCAUAUGGAAUGUAAAAAAAAUUUAGCAAAUGAUACAUGGCGCCUUGACCAAUUAGAUAGAUCGUCAGCUGAUCCAAGUCAUCCUUUCUCAAAAUUUGCUACUGGGAAUAAGGAAACUUUAGAUAUAAUCCCAAAGCAAAAAGGAAUAAAUGUACGGGAAAAAUUACUUGAAUUUCAUAACAAAUUUUAUUCCUCUAACAUUAUGGCAUUAUCUGUAUUUGGUAAAGAGAGUUUAGAUGAACUUGAACAAAUGGUAAUAGAGUUAUUUUCUCAAGUGAAAAAUAAAGAUAUUACAGUACCUACUUGGCCGGAACAUCCUUUUAAUUCAAAGCAACAUUUUCAAAACAGGUGGUAUGUUGUUCCAAUAAAAGACAUUAGGAAUUUGUAUAUUAUAUUUCCUAUACCUGACCUGCGAGAACAUUAUAAAUCAGCGCCUGCACAUUAUAUUUCACAUCUAUUAGGACAUGAAGGGGAAGGAUCACUUUUAUCUUUAUUGAAAGCAAAAGGAUGGUGCAAUUCGCUUGGUUCGGGUAAACGAUUAGGUGCUAGAGGUUUUAGCUUCUUUGCUGUUUUUGUUGAUUUAACAGAAGAAGGCAUUCAACAUGUUGAUGAUAUUGUCCUCUUAACGUUCCAAUAUAUUAAUAUGCUAAACAAACAUGGGCCAGUUGAGUGGAUUUACAAUGAAUAUAGAGACAUCGCAAAUAUAAAUUUUCGAUUCAAGGAAAAAGGUUAUCCUUGUGAUUAUGUCAGUGGUAUAGCACAGAUAUUGUAUGAUUACCCAAUGGAAGAAAUUUUAAUAGCGGAACAUCUUUUUCCGUUGUGGAAACCAGAUUUAAUCACAUGGGUAAUGGAAUAUUUGAAACCAGAAAAUGUUAGAAUUCAUGUAGUUGCAAAGUUAUAUGAAAAUAUAGCUGACGAAACUGAAAAAUGGUAUGGUGUUAAAUUUAAAAAAGAAAAGAUACCACAAAAUAUAAUAAGUAAAUGGAUUAACGCUGGUUUAAAUUCGGAUUUACAAUUACCACCAAAGAAUGAAUUCAUACCAGAAAAAUUUGAUAUAAAACCAGCGGAAAGUACUAUAUCCAAAUUUCCAGUAAUUAUUGAAGACACUCCACUAAUAAGAUUAUGGUUUAAACAAGAUGAUGAAUUUCUUAUACCCAGAGCUAAUUUAUUUAUCGAUUUCGUUAGUCCACUAGCAUACAUGGAUCCCCUUAGUUGUAAUCUAACAUAUAUAUUUGUAUUAUUAUUUCGUGAUGCUCUAAAUGAAUAUGCAUAUGCCGCCGACAUUGUUGGUCUUAAAUGGGAGCUUACUAAUAGUAAAUAUGGAAUGACACUGGGAAUUGUUGGCUACGAUGAUAAACAACAGGUGUUAUUGAAUAAAAUUAUUGAUAAAAUGAUUAAUUUUAAAGUUGAUCCAAAAAGAUUUGAGAUUUGGAAAGAAAAUUAUAUUAGAAGCUUGAAAAAUUAUAAAGCUGAACAGCCAUAUCAGCAUGCAGUUUAUUAUCUUGCUGUUUUAUUAUCAGAGCAAAUUUGGAUGAAGGAUGAAUUACUAAAUGCUACGUCUUAUUUAACAGUUGAAAGAGUACAAAAUUUCAUCCCACAAUUUUUGAACAAAAUACAUAUGGAAUGUUUAAUACAUGGUAAUAUAACAAUGUCAGAAGCUAUUGAAACUGCAAAGUCACUAGAAUCAAAAUUAUCAAAUGCAGUUCCUCAUAUAGUACCACUUCUAUCUAGGCAAUUAAUUUUACAUCGUGAAAUCAAACUAGAAGAUGGUUGUCAAUUUUUGUUUGAAGUAGAAACUAAAUUUCAUAGUAAUUCAUGUACGCAAGUUUAUUAUCAAACUGGUUUACAAUCAACAGAAUCAAAUAUGCUUCUAGAACUUUUAGCACAGAUUUUAUCAGAACCUUGUUUUACUACGUUAAGAACUAAAGAACAAUUGGGAUAUAUAGUGUUUAGUGGAGUUCGAAGAACAAAUGGUGCACAAGGUUUAAGAAUUAUAGUUCAAAGUGACAAACAUCCUAAAUAUGUUGAACAGAGAAUUAAUGCGUUUUUAAAUUCUAUGUUGCAAUAUAUACCAUCUAUGACAAAAGAAGAAUUUAAUGCACAUAAAGAAUCACUAGCAAUACGACGACUUGAGAAACCUAAGCAAAUGACUACUUUAUCUGCCAUAUUUUGGAGUGAAAUUAUAUUACAACAAUAUAAUUUCGAUAGAGCAAAUAUUGAAGUUGCAUAUUUAAAAACUAUAACACAGGAACAAAUACUAAAGUUUUAUAAAGAAAUAUUUCAAAGUGACAUUCAACGUAAAUUAUCAGUACAUGUACUUUCUACACUAAAAGAUGUAAAAUUAGAAGAUGAAAAUGUAAUGGAAUCUAAUGAAUACGUUUCACCAGAUGGAACAAAUAAUAUUGAACCGAAAAAAAUUGAUGAUAUCAUAUCAUUUAAAAUUAGUCAGUGUUUGUAUCCAUUAUUGAAGCCAUUCAGUGAUAUACCAAGAAAAGGCGCACACUCAUCAAAAUUAUGAAGUGCUUAAUAAUAACUGUGAAUAUGUGUUUUAAUUAUGUUAUUGCACCUGCAGAUUGUAGUAAAUAUCAGGUAAAUAAAUGAUUUUAACAUACUCUGUUAUAUAAAAAAACAAUGUUUAAAAUAUUAAAUAAUCAUUUAAGAUAUUAAUUUUAUAAAUGCUGAUGGAUAGAAAAGUAAAAGAGUAACUAUAAAAAGUAGAAAGCAGUGUAGUAAAUGAUAAGUAACUACAUCACAUAUGUAAUAAAGUCUAUAUUCAAAUAUACUUUAUCAAUAGUCCAUAAGCAUUUAAAUGAGUACUUAAUAGAUUAAGAAAUACAAGUAGUUGUUUUAUUAUACGUCAAAAUUUCUGUAUACUCAUAAAAUUUUGUAAAAAUAAAUACGUAACUACUUCGAAGAAAUUGUAACCUCAACUACGGGACCUUAUACCAACUAGUAGAUAAGCUAAAUAAACAUUUUUUUUUGUCUAUUACUUUCACUAAGUGCCCCUCGCCUCAAUGCUUAAACAGCUCCUAAAUCAGUGAAAAGCUAACAAAUUAGAAAACAGUUGAUAAUUUUUAAGAAUGCCAGAAUAGUUACAGCAAUAAUGGCAUCAUACACUUGCACAGAUCUCACUUAACACAGUUAAGAUUAGAGAACAAAUAAGAUUGCUCAUGCCCAUUGUCCUAGUUGUUCCACAGUGCAAGUGCUGCACCAUGCUGUCAAAUGCUGAAGAACCUAUAAAGUUAGAGAUCUAUGCUAUUUGGUUCCACGCUAGCAUACAAGAACGUAUUUAGUCCAAUCACAAGUAGAGCCUAUUUCAUUGUACGGUUCUAUGGAAAAGUUCAUACUUUUCUUUCUGAGGUAGAAAGUAUGAGAAUAACAAAAUCUUGCAAUAAUUAAACUUAGGUGCCGUAGAAAGUAAAAUUAAUUGUUUAUUAUAUUUCUUUUUAGAAAAGAGAAGGGAAUCUUUACUUUCAAAUGAUAAUGGAUCAGUGGAAUGAUGCAAUAAUUUUAAUAUAUUCUCUAUACACAACAGCUUUUUAAGUUUAACAUCAAAUUCACCUUCCUCGUGAUAAUAUUUUUGUUAUAAAACCUGAAUUUCACUUCAAUAGUAAUUUCAAUUGUUGUUAGGCUGCAAGUAAUAUUUUUAAGUAAUGUAUCUGUUUUGCAUAUUUGUUCAUUCAUAAAGAUAAUAAAAAAGAGGUAUAAACUAACUACAAACAAGAUUUGAUGUCAUGACUAUGUAAUUUUUGUAAUCCACGAUUUUUAUCCAUUUUAUUUUUAUUAUUGAGUAAAACUUAUUAAUUCUCUGAAUUUUAUUCUAUGGAGGAUUGGAAUACAUAUUGACCCAAUUGACUCGUGGAGGUAAGUAAAACUACGGAGGCAAUUAGCAUUGGAUCCAUAUCCUGCCUAUCCUGUUCAUGUCUCGUUCUGUACUGACAACCGCGUGCAAUAGUCUUCACCCCGGCUACAACUGAGGACACGCCGCGCCAUCUCAUCCCUCUUCGACUACGAUCGAGGGGACGACAGCCUAUGUAUGCGGAUACUAAUUCAAAAGUGAAACCUUUUCACUUUUGACUUUUUCUAAAUUAAUCUUUUGCUAAUAUAUUUAUGAAAUCUCUCUGAAUAAAAUAAGAACAAACACGAUAUAAUUUGAAUUAGAUUUACUUAUUGAUAUGUAUUUAAUUAUCAUUUAUAAAGUAAGCAAAUAUGCUCCAAAUCGCAUCGUAUUUGGUGUAAUUUUAAUCAAGAAAAUGUAACGAACAUGUUAGUAAAAAUUUCAUUCAUCACAAAUCAAAGAUAAGAAAGUUUGAUUUUUGAGUUAAAAGAGGCUCAACUUGUCGCAAGUCUUUGUAUGUUGCUGAACGUUUCGACUCUCAGUGCCUCUUUCACUUUCAUUCUUGUCCUGUUCUAAGUUCAGCUCACCUAAAAUCGCGGUUUUCGGAAAUAGAGUCGUUUCCACUUUCUAGGUCUUCAAAUAAUUCCUUCCUUAGAUUGU